GCUUCUGACCUCCACGUGCUGCCUCUUUUGCAGGCACCACCUGCUCAGCACCCUCCUAAUCUCCCUCUAUUUAACCUUCUGCUGUUCAAACUGCAGUAAUAAACAACACUGUCCAUUGUGCUACUCAGAUAAGAAUAUGCAGCCUCCAAUCAGGAACACCGACCUGUCUCCAAUGAAAAGCCAGCUUACAUUCUAAUUCCCGGGACCUACUUCCCAUCUCAAGGUUUCCUUGGCUGGAAAUCAGUCAUGUAAGAAGAUUGGGCUUUUUUUCUUUUCUCUUUUUUUUUUGCAUUCCUCUAGGCUGUGUGUAUUCACGCCGAUGCAUGCAGAGAAGAUGCUAAUUGCAGCAAAUGACAGACUAGAAAUGAGAAAAAAGGGGCAGAACAAGUCAAAUCAAUAGGAAAUUAAAUUCCCAUCCUUUUUUUUCUUCCCCAAGUAACCUGGCAACACAUUAUAAGCAAUUCUAGCCAAUUCUCCUGUUCUGCAGCUUUGCCACCUCUUGCUGUUGCAGGCGAAGCCCAAGUGCUCAGGCUGCAUCUACAGAUGGACAUCAAUGGUAAACGUCUCAGCAUCCCUGCCUAAAACUAAAGUUCAUCAGCCCUGAGUGUUUUGGUUUUUUACCGCUUUCAUCUCGCUGGGAUGUCAUUUGCUUGGAUUUCAUGUUGGAUUACCCCCGGGUGGCUGGGAUUGAUUUCAGUGGUGGCUGCUUCUUGCAUGGUGUGACAACUAGACACCUACUAAGGACAUGAGAAGAUUUAUCUAUUGCAAAGUGGUUCUGGCCACGUCUUUGGUCUGGGUGCUCCUGGAUGUCUUCUUACUUCUCUACUUCAGUGAAUGUAACAAAUGCGAUGACAGAAAAGACCGAUCGUUACUGCCUGCUCUGAGAGCUGUGAUUUCAAGAAGUCCCGAAGGACCAGGGGAACUUGGGAAAGCUGUCAUUAUUCCAAAAGAUGAUCAGGAGAAAAUGAAGGAGUUGUUCAAAAUCAAUCAGUUCAACCUGAUGGCCAGUGACCUCAUUGCAUUAAACCGAAGUCUUCCCGAUGUAAGGUUGGAAGGAUGUAAAACAAAGGUUUAUCCAGAUGAACUUCCCAAUACAAGCAUUGUGAUCGUAUUCCACAAUGAAGCCUGGAGCACUUUGCUGAGGACUGUUCACAGUGUCAUUAACCGAUCCCCGCACCGCCUUAUAUCUGAAAUAAUUCUGGUGGAUGAUGCAAGUGAGAGAGAUUUCCUAAAAACACCCUUGGAAAACUAUGUUAAACAUUUGGAAGUAGCAGUGAAAAUUCUUAGGAUGGAGCAGAGAUCGGGACUGAUCCGAGCACGACUCAGGGGGGCAAAUGUUGCCAAGGGCAAAAUCAUCACUUUCCUAGAUGCUCAUUGUGAAUGUACAUUUGGCUGGCUAGAGCCGCUACUAGCAAGAAUCAAAGAAGAUCGUAAAACGGUAGUUUGUCCCAUAAUUGAUGUCAUAAGUGACGACACCUUUGAAUACAUGGCUGGAUCGGACAUGACUUAUGGCGGCUUUAAUUGGAAGCUGAAUUUCCGCUGGUAUCCUGUUCCACAGAGAGAAAUGGACAGAAGGAAAGGAGACAGAACUUUGCCAGUAAGGACACCUACCAUGGCAGGAGGCCUUUUCUCUAUUGACAAAAAAUACUUUGAAGAGCUUGGAACCUAUGAUUCCGGAAUGGAUAUUUGGGGAGGAGAGAAUCUGGAAAUGUCUUUUAGGAUCUGGCAGUGCGGCGGAUCACUUGAAAUAGUAACUUGUUCCCAUGUUGGCCACGUGUUUCGUAAAGCAACUCCCUACACCUUCCCUGGAGGCACAGGUCACGUGAUUAACAAAAACAACAGAAGGCUAGCGGAAGUCUGGAUGGAUGAUUUUAAAGACUUCUUCUAUAUCAUUUCUCCAGGUGUCGUCAAGGUGGAUUACGGGGACGUAUCAGAGAGGAAAGCCCUCAGAGAGAAUUUGAAGUGUAAUCCAUUUUCUUGGUACUUGGAAACUGUAUAUCCAGAUUCCCAGAUUCCUAGGCGAUAUUUUUCCCUUGGUGAGAUACGCAAUGUAGAAACAAACCAAUGCCUGGAUAACAUGGGUCGUAAAGAAAACGAAAAAGUGGGAAUUUUCAACUGUCAUGGCAUGGGAGGAAAUCAGGUGUUUUCAUAUACAGCUGACAAAGAGAUUCGUACUGAUGACCUGUGUUUGGAUGUAUCUCGACUAAAUGGUCCAGUCAUCAUGUUGAAGUGCCACCACAUGAGGGGCAAUCAGCUCUGGGAAUAUGAUGCGGAGUAUGCAGGUAAAUGGGAAUAUAAUUUUGAGCAUUUAAUAUUGAGACAUAUCAACAGCAACCAAUGCCUGGAUGAGCCAGCUGAUGAUGAUAAAAUGGUUCCUACCAUUAAGGAGUGCAAUGGAAGUCGAUCACAACAAUGGCUGCUGCGUAACAUGACCUUGGGUGCCUAAUGCUGUCAGAGCAUAAUCAAGUUGACCCCAAUCGUUUGCAAUGCCGAAGGACCUCAAUUAUCAGCUUUUUGAACACUUGAAGGGGUAUAGCACUUCCUUUCCUCUCCAUGGUGUCAAAUAAUUAUGAGCCUCUUUAAACUCCAACGUGAGGAUAAAAAUAGGACGUUUUCUAUUUUUUCCCCCGAACAAUACAUGGCUGAACAUGUCCAACAAAAACAAGUGUCUGUCUUUCAGAAAGCACAUUUGGAAGCUGUAAAUAACAUUACAUGGCUGAAAAAAGAAAUGGUGGCAUAAAACUAUAUUUGACAAAUACAGAACAUGUUGUAAUAAACUUUAAAUGUAUUAUGUAUAAGAAUUUAUUUUAUUUUAUUAAAUGAGUGAAGAUUGGUUAGAUAUAUUUAUAAUUGUAAUUCAUAUCAAAAAAGCAAAGUAAAAAAUGCACUUGCAGGAUCAUAUCCAAUUGUGCAAGCAAAGUCAAUUCAUGGAAACUAUUAUCCAAAAUACUUGAGACCUAGGUUUGUCUGGAUAUAAGAUGUUUCAGUCAUAUUAAGCCAAAUACACACACAAAAAAUGUAAUUAUAUACAUGAAAAAUGAAAUGUUUUGUAAUCAGCAUUCGUAUCAAUGGGAAACAUGAACAACUGUACCUUUGCACAUAGUUAAUAUAGAUUGUCUGCAUAUGUAAAGACUCACCCGGCAGCAGAAGAAAGAUUGCGUGUAAUAACAUUUCUACUCAAAAAGCAGUUAUAUUGUACCCAUAAAGCUUAUGUCACCUUCAAGCACAUCCCAAAAAAAUUACAUUUUAGAAAAAUUGUAAAUGUUAAUUUAAUUUUUAUUAUUACAGAAGAAGAGCUAAAGAAGAAAAAAUAAAUGCUUAUUCAAAUAAUACAUUGUCUGGAAUGGCAUAGCUGUUUUUCAGUGCAUUAUGAAUAACAGGUUUCUGGAGAGGAAGAGAUCUCAUUCUGUUAUUAAAAAAAAAAGUUAAUUUAAUAUUGUUUAAUUUAUAUGAUAUUUUCAUGUGGCAAAUUGUGAAUUCAGUACACUUAGCUUUUGGGAUCAUAGAAAACAUAUUUGAAAAUCAGAAAUAGGCCUUGCUUCACUUUUAUAAAUAAAGUUAAGGAGUAUUGUGUUUUAAACCAAGUAUGCAUUGGGUCGGCAACAUCAUUCUUGUAUUGUAACAAAAUGCACAUCAGAAAUAUAGGAAAUAUAAUGUUGAAUUGUUGAAGAAUAUUUAAAUUGAUACUCUGCCCAUUAAAAAAAUAACAUUGAAUACUAAA